UGGUGCGGUUUAGCGGAGUGCACAGUCCUGCGUUUGGGAUGGUUGGGCACACUCCAGAGAAUUCCUGAUCGAACCUCUUGGCAAAAGCGAGCAGGCAGAUUUAGGGGGGUGUUCAGUAGGCUACGCUCUUCCAUUGCCCCCGUUCGUUUUGUAAAUGCCAUAUUUGUUGCCUUUUAUUUUGUAGUUGGUCAUAAUAAUUUAGUUUUUUUUUACUAUAGAAACCCCCUUUUCUUUGAUCUCUCAGUCUCUCACCUAAAUGCACUUAUGUUUAUUGAGUGAGCUUGGCACUUUUUCAUCCAUCUGAGAACAGAAACAAGAUCCACAUCUCUCUUUGGAUUAAACCGCCGCGGCUAUCGUCCGAAUGGGUGAUCUGCUUGAAAUACAGUUCUUCAGUGGCACCCUGACACUCCAUGGAAACAUGUUCUCUCUGGCUGAUCCCCGUCGCUGUGAUGUCCAAAGCUUUCCCCACUGACUGACGGACGCUCGUGGAUCAUUUUGUAAAGCGAUUUGAAGGCUGUUAGGUCAAGGGGAAAAUGAGGCCUCCUAGCCCUCUCCUGAUCCUGCUGUAUGUCACCCUGUCCCGCGCCAUGAAGACAGUCUCCAAGAGAGGCUCAGUUGACCUCUGUACAGACUGGUCAGUGGAUUACCUGAAGUACCGUGUGCUGCAGGGAGAGCCGGUGAGGCUGAAGUGUGCCCUGUUCUACGGCUACAUCCGGGCCAACUACAGCCAGGCUCAGAGCGUGGGCCUCAGCCUCAUGUGGUACCGCAGCACUGGUCUGGGCCACGGAGACUUCGAGGAGCCCAUCUCCUUCAACGGCGUGCGCAUGAGCAAGGAGGAGGACGCCAUCUGGUUCAGACCGGCCGACCUGCAGGACGUGGGCCUCUACUCCUGCGUUCUACGGAAUUCAACAUACUGUAUGAAGGUGUCCAUGUCUCUCCACGUGGCUGAGAACGACACAGACCUCUGCUACAACUCUGACAUGAGACAUAUGGAGAAGGCAGAACUCAGCAAGAGCAAAGACAUCACCUGUCCAGACAUAGAGGACUACAUAGAACCUGGGAAAGACCCUCAUAUCAUCUGGUUUAAGGAGUGUCGUCCUAAGCAGUGGCGGACCUCCAUCCUCCAGAGAAGAGACUCUCUGUCCAUCAGAGAGGUCAAAGAGGACGACAUCGGCAACUACACCUGUGAGGUCACCUUCGGGGCCUUCGUGGUACACAGGACCACUGAGCUCACCGUCACAGUUUAA